UGGUGCAUUUUCUUACAUCUUUUCAGAGCAAAGUCGUCGAGAUGACUUGGAAGCCCUUGGACAUAUGUUCAUGUAUUUCCUUCGAGGCAGUUUGCCCUGGCAAGGCCUUAAGGCUGAUACAUUAAAAGAGAGAUACCAGAAGAUUGGGGACACAAAGAGGAACACUCCAAUUGAUGUUCUCUGUGAGAACUUCCCAGAGGAGAUGGCAGCUUAUCUUCGUUAUGUCAGACGAUUAGACUUCUUCGAGAGACCAGACUAUGAUUAUCUACGAACAAUCUUCACAGAGUUAUUUGAAAAGAGAGGAUUCACCUUUGAUUACGCCUACGACUGGGUUGGCAGGCCAAUUCCCACUCCAGUGGGUUCCAUGCAUGUGGAGUCUGGACCAUCUGUAACAAGAGACAUCCAUGCACAUAGGGAUCGAUCAUCGAUGCAGCCUCUCCGAAAUCAGUCUGCAUCAGAACGUCGCGGAGAAUGGGAAAUGGCACCAAUGCGACAAUCCAAUGCUUUGUUUCUGCAAUCUCACUUAACUUCAGAUCGGCAUGGGGGAUCAGUACAGGUGGUAAACUCGACCAAUGGUGAGUUGAACACCGAUGAACCAACAGGAGCACCUUCCAAUGUACAAAUUGCAGCAUGUACUGAGGUGGAAGUAGUGGAGGAAGCUAAGUAUGUUUGCCGUGAAAGCAGUCCCCCCCCCCCGCAUCAUUUGUGUGUCAAAUCAGUUUGUGUGUUCUUGUGUUUGAUGCCUAAUCCAUAACCUGCUAUCAGAUGC